AUUUGUACCACAUCGUUUAAACGAGCUUGUGAAGAGCAGAGGGCUUGGAAUAAGAAGCAAGCUCUAAUUACUGUUCAAAGCAUACCUUUCUCGGCCUUUUGGCUAAGAUCAAGUGUAGUAUCUGUUCUUAUCAGUUUAAUAUCUGAUACGUGGGUCAAUGGCCCACACGAUAUUAAAUUUAUUUUUUUAGGGGGAGAAGGCCCACUACUGGAGCUUGCUUCAGGGGCCUUCUUGCGUCGCUCAUGCGUUGCACUAUUGCACGGGCCUGGCGCACCCCACCAAUGCGAGUCCAAUCCUUGUGAUCAAAGCAAUUGGGACGAUUGCCAUUUUGAAGGAAAGCUGAAUCUACUGCUUUUGAGAUGUUGGAGUGCUUGUUGUCAUUCAUUUCUCUCAAUCAGGCUCCAAGCCAAGUAA